GGUAUUUCAGGGCGGAGCAGGCGGAAGUAGGGGUGAGAAGCGGCUGCAGCGCCGAGCGGAGAAGGCAGGAACCCGAUUGCGAGCAGGAGCUGGGUGGGCACCAUGGCUGGAAUCACCACCAUCGAGGCGGUGAAGCGCAAGAUCCAGGUUCUGCAGCAGCAGGCCGAUGAUGCAGAGGAGAGGGCCGAGCGCCUCCAGCGGGAAGUGGAGGGGGAAAGGCGGGCCCGGGAACAGGCUGAGGCUGAGGUGGCCUCCUUGAACCGUAGGAUCCAGCUGGUUGAAGAGGAGCUGGACCGCGCUCAAGAGCGCCUGGCCACUGCCCUGCAAAAGCUGGAGGAAGCUGAGAAAGCUGCUGAUGAGAGCGAGAGAGGUAUGAAGGUCAUUGAAAACCGAGCCUUAAAAGAUGAGGAAAAAAUGGAACUCCAGGAAAUCCAACUCAAAGAAGCUAAGCACAUUGCAGAAGAGGCAGAUAGGAAGUAUGAAGAGGUGGCUCGUAAGUUGGUGAUUAUUGAGGGAGACUUGGAACGCACAGAGGAGCGAGCUGAGCUGGCAGAGUCUAAGUGUUCUGAGCUGGAGGAGGAGCUGAAGAAUGUCACCAACAACCUCAAGUCUCUUGAGGCUCAGGCCGAGAAGUACUCUCAAAAAGAAGACAAAUAUGAGGAAGAGAUAAAGAUUCUCACUGACAAACUCAAGGAGGCAGAGACCCGGGCCGAGUUUGCCGAGAGAUCGGUAGCCAAGCUGGAAAAGACAAUUGAUGACUUGGAAGAGCGUCUCUACAGCCAACUUGAGCGAAACCGCCUGCUUUCUAAUGAGCUGAAGCUAACGCUGCAUGAUCUGUGUGACUGAUGGGCAGGGCUCACUGAUGCCCAUUAAACAGAGCUUACGGCUCACACCACUGGCCUGGACCCCAGCAAAAAGCUGAUUUGUCUUUUUAAAAGUUACUCUUUUGCCCUAAGCAAAUGGCUUUUUAAUUGGGGCAGUUAGAAGAGUGCUGACUUCCUAACUGCACUGUAAAGUGGGAACAUUAAUAGUAAUACUGCCUUUCUCUUUUUAAGAGAUGAUGAGUGAUGAUGGGAGGGACCUUCGAGAUUAUAGUGAGAAAAAACUGGGAGGGUUCUGUUUUCCAACCUUAUUUGCUACUCUUUCACUUGUGCACUGACUGUAGGAUAUGUUCCCUUGCAUGGAUGUUUUCUAACAAUAAAAGGACUGACUUGACAAGAUGUUGUAACUGCUUCAUCUGCAGGCCCAGGGAUGGGCCCUUCCAACCGGGUAGAAAAAAGGGAAAGGAAAGAACAGGGUGUGGAAUGUGAAUAGGUGUGUGUUGCCACCAUCCACCUCUCUGACUUGAGUAUUUUCCCCACCUCCUUAGAGCAGUGAGUGCUUUGCUUGCUGGGCAGAUUUGAUUCUCCUUGAUAUUCAGCUGCUGGUUUUCUUCCCGACAUUUUCACUCUUGCUUCUUUUUCCUGGUUUUCUGUUUAAUUGUAAGUAAACUGUCACAGGCUAGUUCUGAAGAAUAGCUCUGCAAAAAUCUGUUUUGCUUAUAAGGAUUCGUUUUGUAGUGUUGGCUUUGUUUUCUUUUGAGAUCCUCUGACUUAGCUAUGGGGGCUCAUUUAUUUAUCCCACUAGUUAUCCCAUUCUUCUCUACCUUGGGGGGAAAGCCUAUAGUGCAUGUGAACCCUCCUAUACUCUUUUCAAGUUGAGGUUGUGAUGUUUCUGCUGGUGCAAAUAUGCCAAUCCUUGUACUCAAUGUGUCAAACUCCAGCAAGCUGUUUUGAGUAGGUAUUGUCCUGUGGGUGAAAACUAGAAGGAUGGGUGGCUGAUGGUUAAGGCCACCUCCUUCAGUGACCGAAAGCUGAAAGCCUUGGUUGGGUGUGGGGAGGAAAGGAAAUGACUGAUAAGGUCCCCCAGUUCCCUCCCCAAGAAGGACAGCAACACCUGCAACUUCAGUGGGCAAGCCUGGGGCCCUGCAAAAACGAGUGAUGCAAUAGCUCACUUCUGUGGCUGAGAAAGGAGCUGCUUUAUUAGUCUGCAGUUGCCCUGCAACAGGAACAAAGUAGCCCUUAAAAUUUACUUCUGGUUUUUACAACGUCUCUCCUUUACCCCCAUUAGAUAAACUGAAAUGCACCAAAGAGGAGCACCUCUGUACACAAAGGAUGCUGGACCAGACUCUGCUCGACCUGAAUGAGAUGUAGAGCACCCCAGCCCCGCCCUGCCGCCGCUCCUUCCUCUCACCCCGACUCCGCCUGAGGCCAGCCUGCCCGAAGCUGACCUUUAAACUGAGGGCUGAUCUUUAACUGGAAGGCUGCUUUCUCCUUUUGCCACCUCUCCCACUCCCACCCCUUUGCCCUUUUCACCAAACUGUCUCUGCCUCUCCUGAGAGAUUUCAGGUGGGCCAGAGGCUGAGCUCCUUUGGGAACAACUUUUAAGGGAAUGUGAGCACAAUGCAAAAUGUCUUUAAAGCAUGUUCGUGAUGUACACAUUUUGUAAUUACCUUUUUUGUUGUUGAUGUAGCAACCAUUUGUAAAAAACAUUCCAGGUAAUUCCACAGUUUUGAAGCAGCAGUCUAAUCCCUUUCUCACUUUUGGAAGGUAACUUUUCAGCUUAAUGCAUAUUGCCCUCUCCAUAGAGGAAGGAUAACAGUGUGUGGGCCUGCCUUACUGAGAGCCAAACAGCCCAGAGAAAGACUUCAUUAUGGGAAACCUGGUUGCUCUGUAAAAAGUACCUGCCAUAUCAGAAAGGUGAUUCCAGGAGUUAGCCAAAAAAAAAAAAAAAAAAAGUGCUGUUCAGGUUUUCAGCUUUACAGUAUCUUUGGGCAACUUUUAUGUUUUUCAUCAUAAGUGACCAAACAGAUUAAGAUGAGACCUCUGUCUGAGACCAGAUCCUCUACCCUGUUCCCAAUGGCUCAUAGAAUGGAUCAUGUGCCCCUUAUGUUGAGGUGACCACUUAUUAUUUGCUCCCCUGCCUCCUAGAAAGAAAGAAAAUUAUGUUUUGCCACUGAUUUAGCCAUAUGAAACUCAUCUCAUCACCCUUUUCUGGGUCUGAAGCUGCUGUCUCUAAAAGUGCCAUCUCAUUGUGCUUUGUGUCAGUUAGUGCUGGAGAAAUCUUGAAUAGCUUAUGUACAAAACUGUUUUUAAAUUUUAUAUUAUUUUGAAACUUUGCUUCUUUGGGGUUGGGGCACACUGGUCACCCCAUCUGGCUGUCAGUUCUGUGCAGUCGGCUGGCAGUGUGCUGAUCAUUUAAAGUUUCUUUCCCUACACAGUUCUGCCCUCCUCCCCCCACGUUUGGUGAGGUUUCAGUGAGGUCUGUUAGGUGUGCAUCCUGCAGCUUAAUUGGCUUAAAAUGUACUCUUUUUUGUGGUCUCUUUGGGGGCCGAUUAGGAGAAAGAAAAACCAAUAAUGUAACUGUUUUGAUACUGAAAAUUGAUGUGUCUUUUUGAAAUAAAGAACCAGUCCCUCCAACCCUC